UUUAGUCUUACCAGGAGUCAAAGCUCUCUGCCAUCUUCAAGUUGUGACUUUCAUGAUUGAAAUAAUAUACAGUGAUAUAUGUAGCAGUUUGAAAAUGAGAAAGUACAAUGGUGAGAGCAGAGAACUGAAGAUUGCAAAGUAAAAACAAGGAACAAAAUGGCAACCAUCGAACAGAAGAAGUUGACAUUCGAUGUGGAGAUUCAUGAUGCCCAGUUCAACCAUAUGGGCAAAUAUUUCCUCAAGCUGAGAAUUCAGAGUCUUCAUACACAUAACUUUUCACAGAUCCGUAUUAAGAAGCCACCCUAUGAUGAUUACACUUAUGAAAACGAGGGUUUAACAGAUGUGGUCCAGCAGACUGCAGAUGCUGAACUCUGUACAUUCCAUGACAGAUUCUUCUCAUUUAAGCUUCCUAAAGGUUUCUGUAAGAAUGAUAAGAACCAUGAUGUGUAUCUGCUCAUUGAGGCAUUCAGUCUGCCAGAGAAAGACAAUGACAUGGGGAAAAAGGUGGGGGAGGGGAAGUUUGCCAUCUACCCUCGCACUAAUGCUCCUCGGAUCAAUCUCAAGGUCAAGACUGGUGACGAUAUGUACAAUUAUACAGAUAUUGUGUCACUUCUCCGAACCGUCAAAACAGACAAUAUCCAGAUGCAUUGUGGAAGGUUACGAUGCACAUUUGCGUUGAAAGAGUCAGUGACAACACCAAAGAGAAACGAUCGACGACCGUCGCCAGAGCCUACCCCUUCACCCAGACCUACUCCACGCCCUCAACCUGUAGUCAGACCAUCUCCCCGGCCAGUGAAAGUUGAAACACCACCGCCUCCCCCUCCGAGACGUGCUUCCCCUGUCAGUUCCUGGGGGGACAAUCUCUCUCUCAAUAUCACACUUCCCCAGUCUCCCCCACCCCCACCGCUCUCCGAUGGAAGACAAAUGGCCGAGUCCCCUUUGCCUAACCGAGACCAGAGUACGUUCAGUAUGGGACCGGGGUGGCGCCAUGUGUCUCAGACUGGCAAGGAACAGAUUGAUGUGAUCCUCCAUGGGGCUUCCAGUGUGCCCCCAACUAACAAAGGCAACCGGGCUGUGCCCUAUGCCUCAAUCAAGACCAAAUCUGAAGAUGACCGGCAUGUCCGAGCCCAGGGCAGAACCCAUGCCACCAUCCGUCCCACAAGUGCCCCGACGUGGGAAGAGCGUCUCUCUUUAGAGCUGGAUGAGAAUAAAGCUCCUGAUGAAACCAUGGUGUUGUCGGUUGGAGACAGUGUCAGCAAGCAGACCCUGGUCAACUACAAGAUCCCUGUGGGUCACCUGCAUCCUUUCCACCAGUAUCACAUGGAGAUGGUGGUGCCGUCUAAAGACAGCCCAAGUGGUGUGAGGGUGUACGCCUCUGUGAUGAGGAAGCUAAGUAAGCUGCCCAAGGAGAUGUCAUCCCCGAACUACCACGGCCUGGAGGUAUAUCUGCGGUCCGUUCAGAGGUCAGUGCAGAACCCCCCGGGUCCCUUGGUUGCGGUGGCCAGGAUUGUGCCUGAUUACUACAACUACAAAGCUGACAACUUGAUGUCCCACCCUCGGACUGCUGGUGUCAGUAUGACGAGUGUGACCUUCCCAUCCCCUCAUCCGUCCUCCUUUAGUGUGGUCCCCAGAUCUAAACAUGGAUACCCACAGGUGAGCCUCCCAGGGCAUCCAGAGAAGCAGCCAACAUGGAACCAGCCAUACUUGUUCUCUGCUGAGAAGGACAAGGCCACCAUGUUUACACCAUCUGCUGCUCUUGUCAUAGAAUACUAUGUUGCUGACACAACUAUGAAUGAUGACUACUGGAAGAUUCAGUCGCCGGUUGGCUUUUCCUCCCUACUGCUGGACCAGCAGAUGUACACACAUCUUACAGCAGACCGGGCACGGAACGGGCUUCGCAUUGAAGGACUCCCAAUACAGGGCACUGAUAUGUUAACAGAAGAUGGCAGAUCACCAACUGUUGGCCUCAUCCUCAAACUGAUUACAACUGAUCACCCUGACUCCAUGGGGUCCUACAGCAAUAUCAACACUCUGCCAGAGAUUGAUCUGCAUCCCACGGAGACCAUGACGUACUACCGACACUCCCCUGAUGAGCUGAAGCUGGACCUCCCAGAAUCCCCUGACAACAUGGAGGAGGAGGAAGAGGACCAAGGACCUAAUGGCGAGUGGGUGUUGCGGCGGAGGCCCCUAAAAUCUAUACUGCCAAUCCGUGAUGGUGAGUUGCCCCCUUAUGAAGCUAUGGAAUCCAUUCUGCCAGAGUAUGAAUACAUCUUCAAAGAGGGUGAGAAAUCAUCUCGUACAUAUCGCAAAGAUCCGCAGUCUAAUCGCACUCAGCAUCAAACUCAGCGUACUACAGUAACAGUGGGCCCCAGCAGACGGACAGACUAUGACCCCACUGUGACAGUGGUAGAUGCACAGAUGCGUGAAGUGGACAACUAUCGGUCGGCAGUGACGCGUAUGGGUCACGAUAUUGUCACUCUGAGGCAAACGGUGCGGUCUCUGGAGAAUGAGAACAGUCAGCUCCGUGGAAGGACCUACAACGAUGCCACAGAACUCAUCGUAGACGCUACUGUGACGGACAACCUCAGCAAAAAUGACCUUACAUCUAGAUAUACCUCCCUGAGAGAGAAGUUUGUGUCACAGACAUCCACCUUGAAGGCAUACAAGGACAAGGUGCAGCAGCUGCAGAAUGAACUCAUUAAGAAAAAUGACCGAGAGAAGGAGUACUUGAGGAUGUCUCAGGCCCACUCGGGGCAGCAGGAGUUGUUGCAGAGGCUGCAGGAGAAGAUCCAAAAGCUGCAGAGGUUGGAGGAGACCAUUCGCAAACAGGAACGCGUCAUCGAGAAGCUGGAACGUAUCAUAUACAAACUCAGGAACAGUAAAGGAGAGGGUGUAUCUGGUGACUUUAACAGUGCAAUGGCAGAGGAGAACCGGAGGUUGAGGCAACAGAUACUUGAUCUGCAGGAGCAGCUGAAGAACUCGGGCCGUGGUGGGGAUGACUUGGAGAAGCUGGAGCUGUACCAAGCCCUAGAACGUGCAGAGGCCCGCAUCAUGGCGCUUGAGAAGCAGCUGUCGGAAAACUCUCGGAACUGGGGAAGGGAACGAGCAGACAUUUCUAUCAAACUGAAUGAGGCAGAGCAUGGCCUGGGGAGGAAUGCUACAUUGGUCUCCCAUGAGUACCCCACACUUGAUGAACUGCGGUUGCAGCGCACGCUCCGGUUGGACCCGCUCCUGAGAUGAAUCCAGACAGUCCCAGCAGAGAGUACAGAGUGUAGAUGCACUGCUCCUUCAUCUCAUUUCAAACAAUUUACUUUAUGAACCAGAGUCUUUCCCUCGAUUAGUAGCUAGGAACAACAAGAAGAAUAUCCAGCAGAAAACUGGUGUGGACAUCUGAAUUAUUUGAUGCAAGGACAUAGCAUCACAGUGUACUCUCCCCAGGAAGCUGAGAAGACCAAUGGAGUAAUAUACAGUGCCUCUAAAUAUAAAACUAGAGUCUCAGAGAAGGAGAGCUGCUGUUGCCAAUAGCACCAAACUGAUCUAUUAUCAUUAUAGUGCUACUUUGUAUCCAUUGACACUUGCUGUCAUCUGUGCCAUACAUGUGCAGGUCAGAUAGUAUAUACUUAUACAAGGAUCAGUCUCAGGUCAGGAUCAGACACUUGCUGUCAUCUGUGCCAUACAUGUGCAGGUCAGAUAGUAUAUACUGAUCCAAGGAUCACUCUCAGGGGAUGGAGCUGUGGUGACCAGUGCAAGUGUCAAUGACCCCAAGUGAAGAUGAUAUUUGUCUGCUACAGGAAAUAUACAGAAUCUCUCCUCGUUAACAACUGACAGCUAUUUGCUCAUUUGAUAGUCUGUGUACAAAGAAUAUCAACAAAUGGUCUGUUGUGUAUGGUGGGUCCCGAACUGUGUGCUCCAUCCCUGCAUGUGUAGUCCCUCCAUAACUGUAUGGCCUGCCCCUAACUGUGUGUGGUGGGUCCCGAACUGUGUGCUCCAUCCCUGCAUGUGUAGUCCCUCCAUAACUGUAUGGCCUGCCCCUAACUGUGUGUGGUGGGUCCCGAACGGUGUGCUCCAUCCCUGAAUGUGUGGUCCCUCCAUAACUGUAUGGUCUGCCCCUAACUGUGUGUGGUGGAUAAACUGUAUGGAUGUGUAUACAACUUUCAUGAGAAGAAAUGUAACUAUAGUACUGUCGG